GCAGGUCGGGGCUCAGCUGGUAUAUAACCACACGGGCCUCCGCCGACCACACAUCUUCCAAGGCGUCUCAACACUCACAACAAAUGAAGCUCGUGCUCCUCGCCUGCCUGGCCGCCGUCGGCGCCGCCGCCCCUCACGUCCAAGACGGCCAGCCGGUGGUGUUGAUCCUCAGCGACGACGGCUCCUUCAGCUACGCGGACGAGGUUGACAAUAACGUCGCCGUGGAAGCCUCCGACACUAACUCGGAGGGCCAGAGCAACCUGCAGGGCAUCUUCAAGUUCCCUCUACCUGAAGAAGGGUUCGCCGAGGUUCGUUACAUAGCCGACGGGAACCCGCUGCCCACCUACGUCUUCCUGCAAGCCCGCCCACUCCCUCAAGAACACCCACAUCCAGGUUCGACUCGCUUGAAGCGGGAAGCCAUUAAAAUAAAAAAGUCAAAGUCAAAGGGAAAUUCGCAGGAAGACGAGGAAGACGGUAAUAUAAUGUCGAGAUUUUUGAAAAUGAUUUCAGAUGCAAGAAAAUUUGUUUACUCGUCGCGGCCAGUCUCUUAAGAAUUUGCUGUUCUGUUUCUCCUUUAUUAAACUUAUUAUUUAUUUA